GGAGAAGUGAUCGUCGGGGUGGCUUUGAAGGAUUGAGGGAUUUGUGUAACCACACGAGGUUGUGGUGGCUUUUCGGUCCCAAUACCGGAGGAUAAAAUCCUUUCUCUGGUUUCAGGCGGUUCUAUAAAGUGAGGGUGGAAAAGACAUGGCGUCGACAAGACAUAGCCACGGUGUUGUGAACUGAGAAAAGGACCAUCUUUCUCAACCCAACUCAUGACUCCAUAAACACCAGUCUGGGUAACGCAAUUAUCACCAUGGAGACCAUUGACCUAGUCAUCAUCGGUUCAGGCCUCUUUGGCCUCGCCAUGGCCAAAACCUACCACCAACUCCAUCCCACCCUCACCCUCGCCAUCUUCGACAAAGCCGAAACCAUAGGCGGUGUCUGGGCCGAGGAACGCCUUUACGACGGCCUACGCACCAAUAACCUCAAAGGAACCUACGAAUAUCUCGACUACCCCAUGAGCCCCGAACUCUUUGGGGUCAAACCCGGGGAGUACAUGACGGGUCCCGCAAUGCACAAGUACCUCUCCAGCUACGCCGAGGCGUUUGGCAUCAAGGAUAAAAUUCGGCUUCGGCAUACGGUGUUGGAGGCUGCGCAUCAGGAUGGGGUAGAGGGUGGGUGGGUGUUGACGGUGGAAAGUCCCGAUGAAGGAAUGACGAAGAAGAAAGUGUUUGCGAAGAAGAUGGUGAUGGCGACUGGACUGACGUCCGAGGCUUUUUUGCCGGAUUUUAAGGGGCAGGAGGCAUUUGGGGCGCCGCUGUUUCAUAGCAAGGAGUUGAAGAGGUAUGAGGGGACGUUGGAGGGGGAGACAAAGGUUGUCACGGUGCUGGGGGGAACAAAGUCGGCUUGGGAUGCGGUGUAUGCGUAUGCGUCCAAGGGGAUCAAGGUUAACUGGGUUAUUCGAGAGAGCGGGCAUGGACCGGCGUGGAUGGCGCCGUCGUUUGUUACGCCUCUUAAGUUAUGGUUGGAGGCGUUGGUUCACACACGAAUUUUGACAUGGUUUUCGCCAUGUGUCUGGGGAGCUGCCGACGGCUACUCACUGAUCCGGAGGUUUUGGCACGGAACAGCCAUCGGACGAGCAGUCACCAAUGCGUUCUGGUGGGUCUUGGGAAACGACGUCAAGACCAUCAACAAGUACAGUUCGCAUCCAGAGAUCAAGAAGCUCGAGCCUUGGUCGCCGGCCAUGUUCGUUGCCUCGAGCUUUUCCAUCCUCAACUUCCCAUCUGACUUCUUCGAUCUCAUCCGCAAAGGCACCGUCGAUAUCCACAUUGCCGACAUCACGAGGUUGUCACCAAAAACGGUGCAUCUUUCCGACGGAUCCCAGCUGGAAACCGAGGCCUUGUGUUGUGUCACGGGGUGGAAGCACGUACCGCCUGUAAAAUUUCUUCCAGAGGGCAUCGAGAAGGACAUAGGGCUGCCUCACUCCCUGGACGGUAACGCUGAGCCGAUUUUUACGGACGAAAUGGUGGCGCGAGCAGAUGAGGAAAUUUUCUCGAAAUUUCCCCGACUCAGGAACCAACCGAUCAUCAAUAAGAGAUACAAGCCCAUGACGGAAACAGAAGGCCUGUCAACGAAAGAUGAGACCGUUCUCCAAGCCCGCCAAACUCCCUGGACGCUCUAUCGGUUCAUGGUGCCGCCCUCGCCGCGGUUUCUGGCAACGAGAGAUAUCGCUUUCAUCGGUUGUUUCUGUAGCUUCUCUUCGGGGCUCACUGUUUAUCCCCAGGCACUUUGGAUCUGCGCAUUUCUCGACGACAAGUUGCCCCUGAGUGUGAUGCCGUCCAGAAAAGCUUUGCUUGAGGGGAAGUCGAAGCUCAAGAACGAGGCGUUGGGCGAGAAGGGAAAGACCGUGGAGCAGGUGCGAUACGAGACGGUUCUCCAAGCACGAUUUGGAAAAUGGCGUUAUCCGGCGGGUCAUGGACACCAGUUCCCCGACUUUGUGUUUGAUGCAUUGCCAUAUAUUGAUUCGAUGCUUGGUGACCUGGGAUUGAAGGUUCACCGGAAGAAGAGCUGGUUGGCCGAGAUGACAGAACCGUAUGGACUCGAGGACUACAAGGACAUUGUCAGCGAGUAUGCAGAGAAGUAUGAGGGGGAGAUGUGUGCUUGAUGGAGUUGUGCCACGCACUUGGCGUUUGUUGGGUUGUCCGCUCCGAGAGUAUGCCGCUUAAGUUAAAAUUCGAUCUCGAUCUGUGGGUUGCUUCGGUUCGUUCAUGGGCAGCCAACUUAGGCUAUCAUACCUUGAUCAAGUGAUUCACUUAUCCAUCCUCAGUUUUCACAACCAUGUCCUCUGUUUGACACUUGAAUCGCACUAUUAAAAGGCGGUCGUGAUCAGUUCGUUGGUUGGAACCUGGGGGUUCGUUUUUCAUAUCCAACUACUGGAACAUCAAGGCCUCGACGGUUAAUGUGAGAAACGUCGGCACGGCAUAGCAUCAACAUGGCUUUCACCAGGGGCGAUAUAUUAGACUCUCGUCUUUCACCCUUCUCCAGCCUUUUCCCAUCCAUCAGCACCAUCGAACAUUGACACCAUAAGGGAACUCAAUCCGAGAAAGCAACCACAAUACCCAUUAUUGCCAGUCCUAUUUAUCCCACCCUCACAAGAUGUCCGGAAACACCUCUGGAUUCAGCAGUUACAACCCUAACACCUCCAGCUCCGGCUCCGGCUCUGGCUCUGGCGCCGGCUCAAGCGGCACUAGCUCAUCUGCCUGGAAGUCCAAUGCCUCCGAGAUCCGUGACGUCAGCAAGUCGUUCAGCUCCACGGCUUCGAGCUCGACCGACAGCAAGGUCAAGAGCUACGCCGCAUCCGAGGCCUCCCGAUGGGAUAGCAUGGCCAAGAAUGCCGAUUCCAUGGCAGAUAAGAAGUAGUAAGGUCAUGGAGAAAUGGGCCAUUGCAUUCAACACAGAAGCCUUGAGAGAGUGAGAUGAUGGGGAGAGGAAAAGGAUGGGAAGCAUGGAAACAAAAGAAGAAUGGGAAGGGAAGGGAUUGGAAUGGGAAUGGGAAAGAUCACGCUACUUGAAAAAGAUAGGAUGAGGGCCGGACAAGGACAAGAUGUUCAUUUUGAGCGUUGAGGACAAGAGUCCGUCGGGGAGGAAUCUGCGUGAGACGUUCUAGAAUUCGAGGGCCAAUGGCAAUGGCACUCUUUCCGGGUCUGAUAACGGGAAUUGGGACGAACGGCAAGUUGAGUGAAAAAUAUUUGAAGAAGAUAAA